CACAUGAUAUGGAGGGGAUUGGAACACCUGAAUCACAUGAUAUGGAGGGGAUUGGAACACCUGAAUCACAUGAUAUGGAGGGGAUUGGAACACCUGAAUCACAUGAUAUGGAGGGGAUUGGAACACCUGAAUCACAUGAUAUGGAGGGGAUUGGAACACCAGAAUCACAUGAUAUGGAGGGGAUUGGAACACCUGAAUCACAUGAUAUGGAGGGGAUUGGAACACCUGAAUCAUAUGAUUGGGAGGGGAUUGGAACACCUGAAUCACAUGAUUUGGAGGGGAUUGGAACACCUGAAUCACAUGAUUGGGAGGGGAUUGGAACACCUGAAUCACAUGAUAUGGAGUGGAUUGGAACACCUGAAUCACAUGAUAUGGAGGGGAAUGGAACACCUGAAUCACAUG